GGUCACUCAAUGGAUAGUUCUAACUCAUUUUUCGUUGCGGGUGUGAUAAGCUUUUCAAAUAUGCUCAGUGAGCAUGACUCGCGGAUUGACCCCGUACUAUAUAUGAUGGCAUAGAUUAAUCAAUUCUCUGGUCAGUUUGUGAAGGAAGUAGAAUGGAACGGUGGCAAAAUAAAGUGGCUGUAGUGACAGGAGCUAGUGCCGGUAUUGGAGUAGCAGUCGCAGCUGAUUUGGUGAAAAAUGGUUUCAUUGUGGUUGCCCUAGCUCGGCGGGAGGAACGCCUUAGAGAAAAUCAAAAGGCUCUUCCGGAAAAUCUACAAUCCCGAUACCAUCCACGAAAAUGUGAUGUAACUAAAGAAGAUCAAGUAAAGGAUACCUUCGCCUGGGUCGAGUCCACAUUUGGAGGGACUGAUGUUCUUGUUAACAACGCCGGUAUUAUAUCUGCAGGCGUGGAGUUAUCAAGCCUGGAUAAUACCGAACCUAUUCGAAACACACUGGAGACGAACACAAUGAGUGUGGUUUAUUGUGUCCGGGAGGCAUUUAAUUCUAUGAAAAAACGGAACUUCGAUGGACACAUUGUGAUCAUAAAUAGUGUCGCUGGACACAAAGUUCCCGUGGUGCCGGUGGGUUCAUUAAAUAUUUAUCCUGCUUCCAAGUUCGCAGUGACGGCAAUGGUUGAAACAUAUCGGCAAGAAUUUGCAAAUGCUGGAACAAAAGUUAAAGUUACGAGUAUCAGUCCCGGUGGUGUACUUACCGAAAUAUUACCAAACAUGCGAGCUCAUCUGGAUGCAGACCAUCCACUUUUGUACCCAGAGGAUAUAUCGAAUGCGGUAUUAUAUGUAUUAGGUACACCCCCGCAUGUCCAGGUCCAUGAGCUAAUUAUCAAACCUGUUGGGGAGAAAAUUUGAAAAAUGAAUGUGUCUUCGAGCUGUAAACAUAUUUGUGUGCUUAUCGGAGAAUACUGCGGCUUUUG